CUAUCGCAAACCGGACGUCAACUGGGGCUCGACCACGCAGGCACAAACCUACAAGACCGCCCUGACGGCUGCCCUCCGGUUACGCACCGUAGGCGAUCACGUAAAAAACUACCAUCCCUCGGUACUGGUGCUGACGGGAAAUCCGGCCACAAGAUUGCCGCUGAUUGAUUUAGCGCAUCAGAUCACCAAAAAUCAUGCCCUCAUGAUUGUAGGGGAUGUUGUGCCGGAACGAUUGUCUUACCGGAAACGUGAGCACCGGUCGACCGAAAGCCGUAAGCUAAUGGUAGAGCGGAAGGUCGGGGCCUUCUAUCGACUGAUCGAUGGUAUCGGGUUGGAGCAGGGUGUCCGUGCCCUCAUACAAACGUCGGGCGUUGGCAAACUGGCUCCCAAUAUCGUGCUGAUCGGGUACAAGGCAGACUGGACCGUGUGCUCCGAAGUGGAGCUUCAAACGUACUACAACAUUCUCCACGACGUAUUCGACAAUCGUAUGGCACUGACCAUUUUGCGGCUGCCGGAGGGACUGGAUUUAUCGCAUUUCAUCGUCGAGAGUGAAACAAACUCGGGUGGUUUGGGUAUGGCCCAGAAUGAGUCCACGGCCAGUCUGCAUCAGGGUACUGAUCCGACGGCCUCGCGACACACCCUCAUGUACGUCAACUCACUGCUUGAACUACAAACCGCGUCUGCAAAGCAACGGGCGCGAAACAAUUCCACCUCGGUGCGAUCGUCCUGCUCCAGGGGAACCGGCACCCCUGGAGCUUAUGAUCGGUCCAUUCCACAGCAAACGCUCAAUCAGCAAAAGGUGUUCCGCUGCAAGCAACCCAAGGGUACGAUCGAUGUUUGGUGGCUGUAUGACAAUGGUGGCCUUACCAUGCUCAUACCGUACAUUCUCUCGCUUCGAUCACAAUGGUCCCAGUGCAGUAUCCGUGUGUUUGCCCUUUCCAGCCAACAACGGCCACAGGAAGAGGAACGCAAUAGUAUGGUCCAACUGUUGGCGAAGCUACGGAUCAACUAUUGCUCACUGACGAUGCUAGCGGAUGUGCAACAGCUCCCUCAACCGGAAACGGUGGCCAUGCAUCGGAAGCUACUGCAGCACGGGGUGGACACUACGAGUCAUCUUUCACCUCCAAAAGAGCACAGCAACAGCGCGGAAUCGGGCAUACUGGCAGACAAAACCAAUCGACAGUUGCGCCUGCGAGAGAUGCUGGUGGAGCAUUCGAGCAAGGCAAAUCUCGUUGUAAUGUCCAUGCCCAUGCCACGAUUGGGUACCGUUCCGGCUCCCCUCUACAUGUCCUGGCUGGAGAUGCUGACCAAGGAUAUGCCACCCAUGUUGCUGGUACGCGGAAAUCAAACAUCAGUCCUUACGUUUUACUCGUGAGGUGCCAGUGCCCGUGGCGCCAGUGCUA